AACUCCGGGAGAUAAAGAAAGAGAAUAAAAAAAAAUGGCCGGAGCUUACGAUCCAAGCUUGCCGGCGGUACCUGAAUGGCUCAACAAAGGAGACAACGCGUGGCAGCUCACGGCGGCGACUCUGGUUGGUUUACAGAGUAUGCCAGGUCUUGUUAUCCUCUAUGCCUCCAUCGUCAAGAAGAAAUGGGCUGUGAAUUCAGCUUUUAUGGCUCUUUACGCUUUCGCCGCCGUUCUUCUCUGUUGGGUUCUCCUCUGUUACAAAAUGGCUUUCGGCGAUGAGCUUUUGCCUUUCUGGGGCAAAGGUGGUCCAGCUUUCGACCAAGGAUACCUCAAGGAACAAGCCAAGAUCCCAAAAAGUAAUGUGCCGGCGCCGUAUUUUCCAAUGGCGACGUUGGUGUAUUUUCAGUUCACUUUCGCGGCGAUAACAACGAUAUUAGUGGCGGGAUCGGUGUUGGGGAGGAUGAAUAUUAAAGCUUGGAUGGCGUUUGUGCCAUUGUGGCUGAUCUUUAGCUAUACAGUUGGAGCUUAUAGUAUUUGGGGAGGUGGGUUUCUGUAUCAGUGGGGAGUUAUUGAUUACUCCGGCGGAUAUGUUAUUCAUCUCUCCUCCGGUGUUGCUGGAUUCGUCGCCGCUUACUGGGUAGGACCAAGGCCUAAGGCUGACAGAGAAAGAUUCCCACCGAACAAUGUUCUAUUAAUGCUUGCCGGAGCUGGCCUUCUAUGGAUGGGAUGGUCCGGUUUUAACGGCGGUGCUCCUUACGCCGCCAACUUAACCUCCUCGAUCGCGGUGCUCAACACUAACCUCUCGGCCGCGACUAGCCUCCUCGUAUGGACCACACUUGAUGUCAUCUUCUUUGGCAAACCUUCUGUCAUCGGAGCAAUUCAAGGCAUGGUUACUGGCCUAGCCGGCGUCACUCCCGGAGCAGGGUUGAUCCAAACAUGGGCUGCUAUAAUAGUUGGAGUAGUCUCAGGAACAGUUCCAUGGGCUUCUAUGAUGAUCCUUCACAAGAAAUCUGCUCUCCUUCAAAAGGUGGAUGAUACAUUAGCGGUGUUUUACACACACGCCGUGGCCGGUUUACUUGGUGGAAUAAUGACAGGUUUGUUUGCACAUCCUGAUCUCUGCGUCUUGAUACUUCCUCCCCCAGCGACCAAAGGAGCUUUCUACGGUGGCAAUGGUGGCAAACAGCUUUUGAAACAGUUGGCAGGAGCUGCCUUCAUUGCCGUCUGGAAUGUGGUGUCGACGACUAUCAUACUACUCGCUAUUAGGGUGUUCAUACCAUUGAGAAUGGCUGAGGAAGAGCUCGGGAUUGGAGACGACGCUGCACAUGGGGAAGAAGCUUAUGCUCUUUGGGGUGAUGGAGAGAAAUUUGAUGCUACAAGGCAUGUGCAACAGUUUGAGAGAGAUCAAGAAGCUGCUCAUCCUUCUUAUGUUCAUGGUGCUAGAGGUGUCACCAUUGUUCUAUGAUUUUUCUUAUUCUUCUUUUUGCUAUUUUUUGUGUGUAUUGUUUUCCUUGUGACAUUAGAGAUAUGCAUGAGUUAUUUGUGUUUUGUAUAGGUGGUAAAACUUCACUUUUCAGUUUUUUGGGGUGUAUUUGGAGUUAACAACCAUUUGUAAUUUUGUUGAAAUGAUGCUUCACAAUGAAAACAUAGAGUUCGU